GUGUUUAUUGUUAUGUGUUUGUUAUUUUAAACGAGAUUCUGUAAUAAUAAUAAUUUGGUCUUAAGUUUUAUAUAAAUAAUCUUGUGUUUCUCUUUGGAACAGAUUGAAAAAGAUGGGACAGGCCGCCUCGAGAUCGACUGGUUGCACUAAUUACUCUCCCCUUGAGUGUUUUAUAAAGAAUUUUACAGACUUCCAACAGAGAGCACGGCCAUAUGGUUUCACUGUAAAUUCUUUUGACUUACAGAAGUUCUGUGAACAAGAAUGGCCGGCUUUUGGGGUUGGGUGGCCACCGGAGGGUAGCUAUCAAAGAUCUUUAGCUGCCCGGGUGCAGACGGUGGUUUAUGGGAACCCGGGACAUCCUGAUCAAAUUCCCUAUAUUCAAAUUUGGAAUGAUAUCUUGGCAGAUAAUCCUCGGUGGUUGCGUCGUUGCAAAAAGGCGGAUUCUCCGCCGAAAGCAGUCAUGGUGUCAAAGGUUGCAGGAGGGCCGGGAGAGGGACAAGCAGGCCGUAAGUUAUAUCCGGUACUGCCGGGACAAGGGGAAGAUCCCCUUUUGGAAGGACCCCCUCCUUACGUUACAACCCACUCCCGGGAAUCGGGGCAAUCGGAGAUCGGAGUCCAGAGCCCACCUGAUCUAGCAAGUCCCUCACAUACUCGUAGUGGUUCCCAAUAUCAACCACCACCUGGUGGUCACAUACCUGAGGUCCCUAUCCUUCCGCUACGACAAGCACCUAUGAACCCAGGGAUUGACCAUCCUCCUUUUAUGAUAUAUGUCCCUUUUUCCACCAGUGACCUGUAUAAUUGGAAAAAUCAAAACCCUUCUUUUUCUGAGAAACCCCAGGGAUUGAUAUCUCUGCUGGAAACUAUCUUUUUCACUCAUCAGCCCACCUGGGAUGAUUGCCAACAGCUCUUACAGGUGCUCUUUACCUCCGAGGAGCGAGAAAGAAUCCGAAGAGAGGCUACUAAGACAAUUCCGGGUCCGGACGGGCAGCCGACAACUGAUCCUGUCCGGAUUGAACGCGUUUUCCCUUCCCUGCGCCCUAAUUGGGAUCCGAAUGAUGAUGAAGGUAAGGGGGCUCUCGAUCAGUAUCGCCAGACUCUGCUCCGGGGUAUACGGGCUGCCGCCAAGAAGCCGACUAAUUUGUCUAAGGUGAGUGAGACAGUUCAGGGACAAAAUGAGGCCCCGGCGGCAUUUUUAGAGCGCCUCUUUGAGGCUUAUCGCCUUUAUACCCCAAUUGAUCCUGAGGCACCCGAAAAUAGGCGGGCUAUUAAUAUUGCCUUUGCUACGCAGUCGGCCCCUGAUAUUAGAAGAAAGUUACAAAGAUUAGAAGGGUUUGAGGGGAAACUGCUGUCUGAGUUAGUGGAAAUUGCCCAGAAGAUUUACAACAACCGAGAAGGAUCAGAGGUUGUGCAAUCAAAGAAAAUGGCUAAGAUCUUAGUAGCUGCUAUGGGGAAUUCUCAGAAUCUGUGUGCGGACAUGAAUAAGACUAAGAAAGGAAGACAUCCCAAGAAAGGUCGCAGUGAUGUAGGACCAAACCAAUGUGCCUAUUGUAAAGAAUACGGACAUUGGAAGAAGGACUGUCCGCUCCUCCAGCAAAAGAAAGGGGACCAACCGGCUUUAGUUCUGGCAGAAGAGACUGAGUGACGGGGCCCGGGCUCGAUUUUCAUGAGCCCCCGAGAGCCCAGGGUCACGUUAAAUGUAGGGGGCACUCCGGUGAAUUUCUUGGUAGAUACUGGAGCUACACAUUCUGUUUUGCAGAAAGCAAUAGGACCCAUAUCGGAGGUAAAAACCUCCAUACAAGGGGCUACAGGAAAAACUAAAUCCUAUCCAUGGACUAGGACUCGAAUAACUAACUUGGGAAAAGGAACAAUUACUCACUCUUUCUUGGUCAUUCCUGAAUGCCCAUAUCCACUUCUAGGCAGAGAUCUGUUACACAAAUUAAAGGCCACUAUAACCUUCCAGGGAGACGUGACCGAACUCUCGUUCGAUCAAAGCCCUUCUGCUAUGCUCCUCACGUGCCCCUUAUCAGAAGAAUAUUUGCUAACUGAAGAAAUUUCUGAAGAGGUUAAAUUGAAUAGAUACCUACAGGAGUUACAAUGUAAAAUACCUGGUGUCUGGGCAGAAACUAAUCCACCCGGACUAGCUUCCCACCGCUCCCCCAUUAUUGUGCAAUUGACUAGUACCGCCACACCGAUACGCGUACGGCAGUAUCCUAUUAGCUUAAAGGCAAGAAAAGGAAUUGCCAUUCACAUAGCAAGACUUAGACAGGCAGGAAUUCUGGUGCCUUGUCAGUCGGCUUGGAAUACUCCUUUGCUCCCAGUCCUGAAGCCGGGGACGAAUGAUUAUCGACCGGUACAGGACCUGAGGGAGGUAAAUAAAAGAACUGAGACUAUCCACCCAACGGUGCCUAAUCCAUAUACUCUUUUAAGUAUGCUGCCUCCAAACCAUCAAGUCUACACAGUGCUGGACCUGAAAGAUGCCUUCUUUUCACUUCCAUUGGCGGCGGUAAGUCAGCCCAUUUUUGCUUUUGAAUGGAUUGACCCAGAGGGAGAAUACUCGGGACAGUUGACUUGGACUCGAUUGCCACAGGGGUUUAAGAAUUCCCCCACUCUGUUUGAUGAGGCAUUGAGUCAAGAUUUGGUUCAGUUUCGACAGAACCAUCCCCAGGUGACUCUGCUGCAAUAUGUGGAUGAUCUCCUUUUGGCUGCACAAGACCAGGCAACAUGCAAAAAGGCAACUGAAGAUUUAUUGCUUGAAUUGGCCCAGUUAGGGUAUAGAGUCUCUGCCCGGAAAGCUCAAUUGUGUACUCCAGUAGCCACAUAUUUGGGUUAUGAACUAAAGGGAGGAAAAAGAACUCUCUCCACAGACAGAGUUCAAGCGAUUUUGAGAAUUCCACAACCUCAAACAAAGAAACAAGUGAGGGAGUUCCUGGGUGCAGUAGGAUAUUGUAGACUUUGGAUUCCUAAGUUUGCUGAAAUAGCAAAACCAUUAUAUGCAAGUACUGGGGGAAAAGGAGAAACCCUAGUAUGGACUGAAACUGAAACAGAAGCUUUUGAAAGCCUAAAGCGGGCACUUGUAAAUGCCCCAGCACUGACCCUGCCUGACGUGACUAAGCCUUUUAAGUUAUAUGUGGCUGAAGCACGAGGAAUAGCGAAGGGGGUGUUGACACAGGAGUUAGGACCUUGGAAUAGGCCGGUAGCCUAUUUAUCAAAAAGGUUGGACCCGGUAGCCUCAGGAUGGCCAGGGUGUGUGCGUGCCAUUGCGGCAACUGCUGCCUUGGUGAAGGAGGCCCUGAAGCUGACUUUGGGGCAGGAUUUAUGUGUAAUUGCCCCGCAUUCAAUAGAAACCUUGCUAAAAAGCCCUCCUGAUAAGUGGCUGUCAAAUGCUAGAAUAACACAAUAUCAAGUGUUGCUAUUGGAUCCGCCUAGAAUUAGGUUUUUGAAAACUGCUUCCCUUAACCCUGCUACCCUACUUCCGGACACAGAGCCAUCAGAACCUUUGCACGAUUGUUGUGAGAUACUGGAAUCCUUGACAAGCCUGCGGCCUGACCUUACAGACCAGCCUUGGCCGGACCCUGAGGAAGAGUUAUUUACGGAUGGAAGCAGCUAUGUGGAUGAAGGAAUAAGGUAUGCAGGGGCGGCAGUAGUUACUAAGGACCGGGUUAUAUGGGCACAAGCCCUCAACCCAGGGACGUCAGCUCAAAAGGCCGAACUUGUUGCCUUAACUCAAGCCCUCAGGUGGGGAAAAGACAAAGUUGUUAAUAUUUAUACGGACAGCAGGUAUGCUUUUGCUACUGCACAUGUUCAUGGGGCACUCUACCAAGAACGGGGCCUUUUAACUUCAAGUGGAAAAGAAAUAAAGAAUAAAUCUGAGAUUUUAGCUCUUUUAGAGGCUAUAUGGCUGCCGAAGAAAGUGGCCAUUAUUCAUUGUCGGGGGCAUCAGAAUGAGAGUACCCCUACAGCGAAGGGAAACAUGUUUGCUGAUGUCACUGCUAAGGAAGCUGCCCGAAAACCAGUGGGGCCUCUCCAUAUUUUGCCUGUUCUGCCUGAGCGACUCUUGCCGCCCUCGCCGGUUUAUUCAGAGGGAGAAUUGGAAUUGGGAAGGACUCUAGGAGCAACCACCGAUCCGGGAGGUUGGAAAAUCCUUCCAAGUGGCAGAACCUUAGUCCCACAGCACCUGGGUCGCCGGUUAAUUGAACAAAUACAUCAAAGCACGCACCUAGGAAGCACGAAGGUGGCAGAACUGCUUCAACGAGACUAUUAUAUACCUAAUUUGCAUCAGAUGACCCAACAGAUUACGGCCGGAUGCCUGACAUGUGCGCAAGUUAAUCCAGGUAAAAGAUUGAACCCCCUCCCCGGAGUCCGGUUGCGAGGACAAGCCCCUGGGGAGCAAUGGGAAACUGAUUUCACGGAAAUCAAGCCAGGCAAGUAUGGAUACCGCUACCUGUUGGUAUUCGUGGACACUUUCUCAGGAUGGGUAGAAGCAUUUCCCACGAAAUCAGAAACAGCACAGGUAGUAGUAAAGAAGUUAGUAAUGGAAAUUGUACCUAGAUUCGGCCUUCCUUUAGCCCUGGGGUCCGACAAUGGCCCGGCAUUCAUUGCCAAAACUACUCAAUUAUUAGCUCAGGUAUUACAAAUUAAAUGGAAGUUACAUUGUAUUUAUAGACCGCAAAGUUCAGGUCAGGUAGAAAGGAUGAAUAGAACAUUGAAGGAAAUAUUAUGUAAGUUAAGAGCGGAGACGGGCGAAGACUGGGUGAGCCUCCUUCCUUUUGCACUAUUAAGAACCAGGUGUACUCCAUAUGUCAGAGGUAUAACACCAUAUGAGAUAAUGUUUGGCCGUCCACCUCCACUGGUUCCUAAAGUGGGAGAAGAGAAACUAGCUGAAUUAAGUGACCACGCUCUUCUUAAAUCCCUGCAAGCCUUACAGCUGAGCACCCGGAAGAUCCACAACUUAGUCAGGGCUGCACACUCUAGUCUUGCUAAUUCUCCUUCUGAUAAAGUUUCUCUCCAGGUACAGCCCGGUGACCUUGUUUGGAUAAAGAAACUCCAGCCCGCUACUUUAGAACCAAGGUGGACUGGACCUUUACCGGUGAUUCUCACCACCCCUACGGCUGUAAAGGUGGCAGGAAAACGCCACUGGAUUCACCAUACCCAAAUCAAGAAAGCGACUCCAGUCCAAGAAGAACGAUGGACGGCUCGGCCCACCGAAGAUCCACUAAAGAUAAGACUUUUAAGACAUUCCUCUGGAACAUCUUGAUGGGGGUGGUGGCGACGAGCCCCCACCAGCCUUUAAAUUACACUUGGGUGCUCACGCGCACAGUCGAUGGGACAGUGAUAACUCAGAAUGUUACAGUCUUUUCUCCCUUGCUAUAUUUUGAUUUAUGUCAACUUUUAGGUAACACUGAGCCUGUGAUGGGGUUAUUACCUGAAGGGAGGUUCGGAGCCUACGGAUGUGGCAAUAUUAACAUAGAAAAAAACAUGCAACGUAUUAGAUAUUAUGGUUGCCCCACCACAGGCCCCUCGCAUUGUCAUGCAGAUGGACAAUACUGUAUAGAGUGGGGCUGUGAGACUAUAGCUAGUUGGAUAAACAGUGACUCUGAUAUUAUAUUAACAAAAAAGGCUCCUAGGUGUGUCUCUUCAAAUACCUGUAACCCCGUAACUAUAAGUAUUAAACGGGGCCAGGAUCAGACUUGGGCCACAGGGAAGACCUGGGAAUUUCACCUGUACGGAGGAGGGGGAAAGAAGGGGCCAGAAGUUUCAUUCACUAUUCAGAGAUUUACCCCCGUUCGUCAAUUUAAUCCUAUAGGCCCAAACCGUGAGAUUUAUUUAGGACCUGAAUUACCGACACAAGCCAUCCUAGAGCCUACAACACCAGAAAAGAGCUUGAUGUCAGAGCCACGCCGAAAGCCUGUGUUAAAUUUGUUAAAUUCAGUGUAUAAGUUUGUUAACCAAACAAAGCCUAAUAUAACUCGAGAUUGUUGGCUCUGCCUUAAUCCAGAACCUCCUUAUUAUGUAGGGAUUGGAGCCAUCCGACCCCUAGGUCAAAAUGAAAAUAAUAUAAGAAACUUGACUGCUGAAGAAAUAUAUAAGCAACAUUUAUGCAAAUGGGGUCAAAAGCCCAAGCUGACUUUAGAAGACCUACAGGGACAAGGGACUUGUAUUUACCCUGUGGGGUUCCCCAUAUCCCAAUCUCCCUAUAUGGCGUCAUGUAACAUUACCAUUCAACUAAAUAAUUUGACAGAUCCCGAACCUAAAACACUCUUGGUGGCCCCAAAUGGCACGUGGUUUGCAUGUACUACAGGUAUCACCCCUUGUGUCAGACCCGCGGUAAUUAUGCAAAAGCAGGAUUUGUGUGUUCUAUCUCAUAUCGUGCCUCAAGUCUACUUUUAUUCAGGAGAAGGCGGACGAGAACAUCUUCAAGCUUCUAUCCCUUGGCGGCUAAAACGAGCCAUUCCAGUUUUGGUACCGUUAUUAAUUGGACUAGGCAUUGCAGGCUCGGCUGCUGUAAGUACUGCGGCCUUAAUAACUGAAAAUCAAAAUUUUAAAAUUCUGAGUCACCAGGUAGAUUUAGAUUUAAGUGACUUGGAAAAAUCCAUUAGUUAUUUAGAACAAUCAGUUGAUUCACUGGCCGAAGUAGUCUUGCAAAACAGAAGAGGGUUAGAUUUAUUAUUCCUGAAACAGGGUGGAUUAUGUGUAGCCCUAGGAGAAACUUGCUGCUUUUACGCCAACCAUUCUGGAAUUAUUCAGAAUAGUCUUUCCCAGGUAAGAAAUAGAAUUCGGGAAAGAGAAGAACAAAUUAAUGCUGGACAUAACUGGUAUCAAAACUUGUUCACCUGGUCCCCAUGGCUCACUACCUUGUUGUCAGCCAUAGCCGGGCCAUUACUGUUACUUUUAUUAAUAAUACUGAUCGGUCCAUGCAUACUUAAAUGUUUAACAAAUUAUGUUCAAAGGCACAUACAAGGGGUAAAACUGAUGGUGUUGCGUACUCACUACCACCAUAUUUGCGAUGAUGACCUAUGAUAACUAUCAAGGAUUUGAUAUUUCCAAGAAAACCAGUGGGGAAUGUGAUGGUCUUAGAAAAAAUCUUUCCUCAAAAUUGACUACAUAGGGUUAAAUUGUUAAAGAAUGUUAGGAGAUUCUAACUGAUGCUAUCUGCUUCUGUACUAAGCUUGCUGUUCUAGUUGAUGAAGGAGAAAGGUAAAUAGUCCUCGGGGGUUUAACAUAGGUAUGCUUGAUUAAAUAGAAUAGAUGAUCUGUACGUUAAUGAUUAUAAUCUGCUUAUGUCGCUAAGAAGUCUGUAAAAUCACUAGGCCCCUGGUUAGUGAAACCUUGAACUAUUAAUGAUUGUCCUGUCUUUGUUCUCUUUGUUUUACUCGUACAUGUGUGCAGGCACGUAGCCCUUCUCCGGAGGGGCAUAAAAGUCCUGUACAAUUGCAGAUCGGGGCCACUCUCUCCGAGCAGAGGUGGUCGCCGGCCGGCUAAUAAAGACUCCAAUUAGACUUUUGA